AUGGUGGAUGGUGACCUGGAUGUGGAAGGUCUGAGUAAUGCGGUCAGCUGUAGCAUAAUUAGUGCAGCAGGGAUGGCAAUACCAAAAUCUAAACCCAAGAAUCUUACCAGGAUUGUCCCAUGGUGGACUGAGGAAUGCAGACAGGCUAUUAAGCAGAGAAACAGAGCAUUUAGACACCUAAAGAGAAUACACAAUGUUCAGAGCCUUAUUGAUUAUAAGCAGCAACAGGUGGUUGUAAGGAAAGCUGUUAAGCAAGCAAAGAAAGAAUACUGGAGGAAAUUCUGUGAUUCUAUUGGCAGAACUACCCCAAUAGAGAGAGUGUGGGGUAUGAUUAAAAAGAUGAAGGGAAAUGGAAAAGAGUACGAGUAUCCAAUGUUGGUCGAUGGUGAAAAGAUAAUUACUGACAGUAAGGAGAAAGCAGAAACUAUAGCAAAGACGUUAGUUAAGGUACACAGUACGGACAACUUAAGGCAGGAAGAGAAAAGAUGGAGAGAAGAAACCACUAGAAAAUAUCAGUUUGAGCUAGAGGCAGGUGAAGAGGAGGAGGUGUUGAAUACUGCAUUUACAAGGGCAGAGCUUAGCUGUGCACUAAGGAAGUUGGGGAAGACGUCUCCAGGGAAGGAUGGGAUCUGCUACACUAUGCUGGAGAAACUAACCGAAAAGGGGCAGGAUGUGCUGCUAAAUAAGUUUGAAGAAGAGGAUGAGCAUCAGCCAGGUCCAAAAAGUAAAAUAGCCUCAGGACCAGACUGGCAGAAGCAGCCUGGACGAUAUGAGCAGCAAGGACAAGCCUCUGAACAGUUGGCGCCAGGACCAGCCUGUGAGGAGCCAGCUGUAGGACCAGCCCGUCAGCCUGCUUCAAAACGCAAGCGAGCCUCAGGACCAGCCUAUGAGAGGACAGAAUUAGGACCAGCCUGUGUGGAGCCAGCCGUAGGACCAGCCCGUCAGCCUGCAUCAAAACGAAAGAGAACUUCAGGACCAGCCCGCCAGCAGGAAGUCACAAGAUCAGCCACUGAGCAGCCAGGCAUAGGAUCAGACUGUCAGCAGCUUGAAAAUGACAACAUAUGGAUGUCAAAAGAUGGCAGAAUUGAAUGGUCUUCCUGUUCAAGAAAUGAAGCCCCCUGCCUGGCUGCCAAUGUGAUUAAGAUGAUACCAGGACCUACACGUUUGGCAGUCACUCAUGCACAAGACAUCAAGUCUUCUUUUGACCUUUUCAUGACAUACCCCAUCAAGAAAAUCAUUCUGGAUUGCUCCAAUUUAGAAGGAAGCAGAGUUUUUGGAGAGAGGUGGAAGGGUUUGGAUGAAACUGAUUUGGAUGCUUACUUUGGGGUUCUCAUCCUGGCAGGUGUUUUUAGGUCCAAAGGGGAGGCCACAGAAUCCCUGUGGCAUGAAGAAACAGGCAGAGAACUGUUUCGUUCAAUAAUGCCUCUGAAAACAUUCAAAAUGCUUUCCAGGAUCAUCCGUUUUGAUGACCGUGAGGACAGACCAGCUCGACGCCAGAGAGACAAAUUAGCAGCCAUCAGGACAGUGUGGGACAAGUGGGUGGCCCGUCUCCCACUGCUUUACAACCCUGGGCCCAAUGUCACCGUCGAUGAGCAGCUGAUGCCAUUUCGGGGCCGCUGCCCAUUUCGGCAGUAUAUACCAUCUAAGCCUGCUAAGUAUGGCAUAAAGAUUUGGGUUGCCUGUGAUGCUGCUUCAUCAUAUGCUUGGAACCUGCAAGUCUACACAGGGAAACACACUGGAGGAACACCUGAAAAAAAUCAAGGUAUGAGAGUGGUCCUCGAUAUGGCUCAGGGGCUUUCUGGGCACAACAUCACAUGUGAUAAUUUUUUCACAUCACACCAGUUGGGGCAGGAGCUGCUGAAGCGUAAACUGACAAUGCUUGGAACAGUACGCAAAAACAAGACAGAGCUCCCUCCCCAGCUGCUGAAAACAGAGGAAAGGCCUGUUCAAUCAUCGAAGUUUGCAUUCACAGCUGACACAACCCUGGUAUCGUACGUCCCAAAGAAAGGGAAAAAUGUGGUACUCAUGAGUACUCUGCACCGGGACGGGAGAAUCUGUGGCCAGGACCAUCAAAAGCCUGAGAUGAUCCUGGAUUAUAAUGCCACAAAAGGAGGGGUGGCCAACCUUGACAAGCUGGUGACCUCUUACAGCUGCAAAAGGAGGACCCUACAAUGGCCUCUGGUGAUAUUUUUCGACAUCUUAGAUAUCUCCGCUUACAAUGCCUUCGUCAUUUGGAUGUCACUGAGCCCAGAGUGGAAUAGAGGAAAGCUGCAGAAGAGGCGUCUCUUUCUUGAGGAAUUGGGGAAAAUGCUGGUGAGACCUCAAAUUGUUAGAAGACAACAUCUUCCAAGAUCCUCAGUCUCUGCAGCCAUCGUGCGGAGAAUUCAGGAGGAAGAUGAUGGUGCCACAUCCUGCCAAAUCACAGAACCAGCAGCAGUACCUGAGAAUGGGGCCAGCAACAAAAAGAAGCGCUGUGAAGUGUGUGGGCCCAAGAUGGACAGAAAAACACGCCUGGCAUGA